UUUUUUUUUUUAUUUAUUUAUUUUAUACAUACCUACUUUCUAAAUGCAGCAAACAAUAAAAAGAAAGGAGAAAAGAACAAUUUCCAAAUUGCUUUCGGGAAAUAAUAAAAAAACAUUAAAAAUGAAUGAACAAGAAAACAGGAAUGCUAUAUUUGGUGCUCCUUUAUGUGAUGCAGCAAAAAUAGGUUCAAUUCUUUGGGAUUUAAAAGUACCUGAUCCUGUUGCUAUGUGCUUCCAAGAAAUUAGUGAUCGUGGCUUGACUACUGAAGGCAUAUUUCGUUUAUCGGGGUCAGCAUCAGAGGUUAGAGAACUAGAAGAAGAGAUUAACAAGUACGAUCCUAUUAGAAGAAAAGCAAUCAGAUGUGAUCGUUAUGAUGUGCAUACUGUCUCAAGUCUAGUCAAAAAAUAUCUUCGUGAUUUACCUGAUCCAGUUAUACCUGUUUCUUUUCAUGAAGAAUUUGAAGCACUUGAAAUGCCUCCAAAGCAAAUUCAUAAAUUAUCUCAAUUGAUCAAAAGACUUCCUCUCUUUAAUAGACACAUUAUACAUGCAAUCUUGAAACUAUCUGCUCAAAUACAGCAACAUGUUGAUAUCAAUAAGAUGAAUCCAGAGGCCUUAGCUACCGUGUUUGCUCCUGUUUGUAUUGGGUUUGAAAAGUCACUUUUAGAACAAACGAAAGCAAUUCAUCACCAUAACAACUAUCUUAAUAAUAGUCAUAAUAUGAAUACUACUACUACUAGUAGUAAUAGUAAUAGUACAACUCAUAAUUUCAAAUUAUUUAAAUCCAUCUCUUCUUCUACAGCCGCGAUACCUACCUUAUUUACCUCGACUUCAUCUACAACUAAUAAGAAAAAAUAUAAUAAAAAGCAGUAUACUGAUGCAUAUAACAGUAUUAGUAAUCGCAAUAUGAUCAAUCAACACAUGAAACGCAACAAACACUGGAUGAGUAUUUGGACAAUUAUGAUUGAAAAUCAUGAAAGAUUAAUAGCAGACCUUGAUGAACUCAGCUUUUAUCAUCUAAAAGAACAAUAUCGUUCUUUACCUUCUCCCUUUUUAACAACACAAAACAUACAUUUGCCAAAUGAUGUUAUGAUGAAUCAAUUUGAGCCUGUUGUGUAUUCUGAAAAUGAUACCCUAAUUCCAGUAGCGCCACCAAAAAAGGAGGCAAGUGGUAGUGGUAGUGGUGGAUUCUUUCAUGCGUCAUUAGCAAAAAAAACUUCGGGUUUUUUACCAAAGUCAACAAGUUCAAUAAGAAGAAUGCUAACGACAGCAAGCACACUUAGAUAAAUAAGCCUCUUCCUCCUCCUCCUCUUUCC